GAAACGCACUCUAAAGCAGGAUGUGGUUAAGGGAUUAUUGGGCUACAUUGGAAACUUAACUAGUCGAAGGAACCCAUACAGUGUACGGGACUGGUACACUGAAUUCAAAGGAUUACGGAUGUCGAAUACGGAAACGGAGUGGAAAUGAGAAGAGCGGCAGCGGCAAACAGUGGAGCUCAAGGAGCGGAUUCUGGAAAGACAAUUUCCACAGGACCAACAACAGCCAAGGAAAAUGGACCGACAACGCCGAGCCCUCCAGUCAGCCCUACGACCCCAAUCGCCCCGGUGGAACUGGGAGAUGAGCCACAGUCCUCCGUCACAGACGCCACUCGGAUGUGGAUGAAAUUUGCCAAGACCUUCAUCGUUAUUUUUCCCAUUUAUGUGUUGGGAUAUUUUGAGUUCAGCUUCAGUUGGGUUCUAAUAGGGCUUGCCAUCUUUUUCUGGUGGAGAAGAAAUCAAGGGCAUAAAAACAACAGACUGACCCGUGCCUUGGCGUUCUUGGAGCAUGAAAAGAAAACUGUCAAACAACAUUUGUCGACCUCUGAGUUGCCACCAUGGGUUCAUUUUCCAGAUGUGGAGCGAGUGGAAUGGCUCAACAAGACAGUGAAACAGAUGUGGCCAUACAUCUGUCAGUUUGUUGACAAGCUGUUCAGAGAGACCAUUGAGCCGGCUGUGAAGGGGGCUAACGCUCACCUCAGCUCCUUCUGCUUCACCAAGAUCGACAUGGGGGACAAGCCUCUAAGGGUGAACGGGGUCAAAGUGUACACUGAGAAUGUGGACAAACGACAGAUUAUAAUGGACCUGGAGAUUAGCUUUGUUGGAAAUACAGAGAUUGAUGUUGACAUCAAGAAAUACUACUGCAGAGCUGGUAUAAAAAGUAUACAGCUUCACGGUGUCUUGAGGGUCGUCAUGGAGCCCCUGCUCGGAGACAUGCCAUUGAUCGGAGCCCUGUCAGUUUUCUUCCUGAAGAAGCCUUUGCUGGAUAUAAACUGGACAGGCCUCACAAAUAUGCUGGACAUUCCAGGAUUGAAUGGCUUGUGUGAUAACCUGAUCCAAGACAUCAUCUACAGCUACCUGGUCCUGCCCAACCGCAUCACCAUUCCUCUGGUGGGAGAGGCUCAGCUGGCUCAGCUACGCUUCCCAAUACCUAAAGGUGUCCUGAGGAUUCACUUCCUGGAGGCCCAGGACCUGUUAGGGAAGGAUAAGUUCCUGGGGGGCCUGAUCAAGGGCAAGUCAGACCCGUACGGUGUCCUUCACAUCGGCAACCAGCUGUUCCAGAGCAAGGUGGUCAAGGAGAACAUCCAUCCCAAGUGGAACGAAGUCUAUGAGGCUUUGGUGUAUGAGCACUCAGGACCACAGAACCUGGAGAUAGAGCUGUUUGAUGAGGACACAGACCAGGAUGAUUUCCUAGGAAGUUUACUGAUAGAUGUGGCUGAGCUUCAGAAGGAACAGAAAGUUGAUGAGUGGUUUGUCAUGGAGGAGGUGAACACCGGAAAGCUGCAUUUAAAAUUAGAGUGGCUGUCUCUGCUCCCCACUCCUGAAAAGCUGGAUCAGGUGCUGACCAGUAUUAAGGCUGAUAAAGGCCAGGCUAACGAUGGCCUGUCGUCUGCCCUUCUGGUGGUCUACCUGGACUCAGCAAGGAACCUUCCACGCAAUCCUUUAGAAUUCAACCAUGACGGUUUGAAGAAGGCCUCAGUCAGUAAGGCCAUCAAGUCUGGUAAGAAAGUGAGCAGCGUCCCGAGUCCCUUUGUACAAUUCACAGUCGGCCACAAAACCUAUGAGAGUAAGACGAGGUAUAAGACCAACGAGCCUGUAUGGGAAGAGGCGUUUACUUUCCUCAUCCACAACCCCAAAUGCCAAGAGCUGGAGGUCGAGGUGAAGGAUGAGAAACAUGAGUGUUCCCUGGGGACUCUGAACCUGCCCCUGGUCCGUCUCCUAGAGGCUGAGGACAUGACACUACACCAGCGCUUCCCUCUCAAGAACUCUGGGCCCAGCUGCACCCUCAAGAUAAAGAUUGCACUGAGGGUUCUGUGUCUGGAGAAGCUGAUAGCAUCAGACCAGACGUCCUCGGUGCAGGUUCGUAAGGCUAGCACUAGUAACCCCAUCCCCAUGAAGACACCGUCAGUCUCCGAACCCCCCAACCCUGUCCCUGUCUUGGACCUCCCCAGCUCUGUGGCCGCCUCCACCCAGGAGCUCCACAGGAGAGGGGGGGAUGACGAGCCCUACUCAGGGGGACCGGUAGGCAUCGGCCUGGCCGACGCAGGUAGGAGCACCUCCAACCUGGCCAUCUCUGGCUCUCAGAAACACCUGGCCCACAGGGGGUCAACCCCCAGCAUCGCCUCAGACAUCUCCAACCCCUACGCCACACAGGAGCUCCAGCAGAGGCUGAGAGAGCUGCAGAAUGGCUCAGCCAGUCAUUUCCCCCUGGGUGAAGUGCAGUUGACUGUCAGACACAGCUCUCAGAGGAACAAGCUCAUCGUGGUGGUGCACACCUGUCGAAACCUGAUUGCGUUCACAGAUCACUUGUCAGAUCCAUACGUGCGACUCUAUCUUUUACCUGACAAGCGAAGGUCUGGGAGGAGGAAAACCCACACGCACAAGAAGACACUGAACCCUGUCUACGACCAGAUAUUUGAGUUCAGUGUGUCGAUCGUGGAGCUACACAGGAGGACUCUGGACGUGGCGGUAAAGAACGGAGGAAAUAUCUUCUCCAAACACAAAGGGCUGCUGGGGAAGGUUCUAGUGGAUCUGACUUACGAGGAUAUCGCAAAAGGAUGGACACAAUGGUAUGAGUUGAGUGAGGAUGGUCUGAAAAAACCUCUUCAGCAGCUAUAGACUACACCAUGAGAGUUAGAGGAGGACCUAACCAAGUCUUCAACCAUGUAUCAUUGCCACUAGAGUCUGCAUGUGUCAAGCAUCUCAGAGUAGUGCUGAUUUAGGAUCAGUUUGGCCUUUUAGAUCAGAAUAAAUAAGAUAAUAUGGACAUGAAUCCAUAAUAAAUAAGAUUACAUAGACAGGGGGGACAUGAUCGUAGAUCAGCACUCCUACUCUGAGACACAUGAUACAUACAGCCCAAAUCUUUUACAAACGUAACUGCCUUUUCCAUACAGUUGCUUUUAAGCCCGUGGGCAAAUCUUCUAUUUGUUUUCCCUUUUUUAAUUACGGUUAUUAUUAUUUACAUGACUCGCAAUUGUAAAAAAAAAGCUUUUGAUAUUCAUUUAUACACAUCAGUUGCAUCGUUAUCGCUACCCACUUAGAAACUCUCCAAUGCAAUAGUAAGAAAGGGAGUAUGUGGUGUUAAAAUGAAUGAAAAAAGAAUUCCAUAUUUAAAGAGGAAAAAUGAAUGAAAAAAGAAUUCCAUAUUUAAAGAGGAAAUUUUGAGGACCGUAACAAAAUAUCUAUUUUCUUGCUACGGCUGUGACAGCAGGUUCAACCGCCUUGGUUUAUGUGGGGAAUGUACAACAUAUAUGUACAAUGACAAUGAGGACUAAAGAUGAGGUUUAUUAUAGUGUUAGUAGAGGGAGGUUUCGCUUGGUCAAAAUUAACAUUUCAUUUUUAUAAUUAAACAAACUACAUAUAAACUCUACAAUCUAAAAAUAUGAACUUUGUCAGAGCAUGGCGCUACAAGUUGACAGUCUCCCCUCUAAGUUAUAUAGUGCACCUAGUACAGUACUUGGCCACCAAAGACACAAGUGUUUCAUUUUAUUGCCUACAUGGGGUUUUAACUAAGCCAAAUAUGUAUGCAUGUUUGCACAGUAUUUGUUUCCUUAUUUAAAGUCUUUCAAAGCAUAGUGUUUAGGAACAGUAAUAAUAACACAACUUGCUCUAGUUAACCUCACAGGAAUAUUCCAGCCUUCUUCAAGUCAUUGUGGCUUAUGAUAAUUGAUUUUCCAACUCUGAAAUCAGGACAGAUCAAUUAUGUAUGGUUGGUGAAAUAUAUGUAUCAUGUUUGUGAUCAAUAAAUAUACCAGUCUUAAUUCUGUUUUUGUAUUACGAACACAUUUCAGCAUGCAUAUCUUAGUCAAAGCUUAUCUUUAAUGCAAUCGCUUGCAAAAAAAAACACAUGAUAAGGAUUAAGGAAUUGUUUUGGUUUACGUUGUGGGUAUGACCAUAUUGUAUCCGGUUACCACAUUAAUGAUGCAUAUUAAUGGAGAACAUUUUAGAUUGUACCAUGUUUAGACUGUACCAUAGUGGCGUGUAACCUAAUGUAUUAGUUAUGAUUUGUGUUCUCAAACCUCUGUCCUUUUUUAAACUAGUUGGAUGCCUACCUAUGUGUAAGCCAUCAAAUGAAAACGGUCUCUGAAGUCAAGUUCCUAUCCUCUUGUUCUGAACUGGUUUGCCUUCUCCAUGUACUUUAUUUAUCUUGUGCCUUAAAUCCACAAAUAUUAAGAUAUUUUAAAGUAUAAAGAAGCUGUUACGGUUUCCAUGUUUGAGAAUUUCUACUUAUGUCUUUUAAAUAAUAAAGAGCUUUUGCUGUAUGCACAGCAAUACGCUGUAUAUUA